CAUAUUUUGGCCAGAGACCCAGACCACGAAGAUGUCCCGUAGCCAUCAGAGACGGUUUGCCAUAAUACAUUAAUGCCCGUAAUGGGAAGGCGUUGUAUUUGUACAUUUUUAAAUUAACUAACGUAACUGCACCGGAAUAGCUAUAACAAGUUUGCUACAUGAUCUCUUUGUUGCAGUUUUUCUCAUUAGUAGCUGUUAGUGGAUGUAAAUUAGUUUAACACAGUAAUAGUUGCUGCUAGCUAAACACAAGAAGCUAAAAAAAAAAAAAAAUUCACCAGUUUCAGUGUAAAUUAUUAUAAUGUAUCAUGCAUUAAUUUGAUCAAAGCAACCCUAAAGCCAAUAACGCCUUCAAAGAACUGGGCUGCAGGAGUCACACUGAAGAUUGGAACCGCAUAAGACAGACUAUCAAAUGCGAAAGACAUGGAUCAGUAUGUUGAAACAGGACUAACGUUACACACGGAUGCAAAUGUAACCGUGUUGACUGACAGUCUGUUUCCCUUCGAGGCUGAUUCCGCUCAGAGCCAGCCUCGACUUCCUGUGUGAAUAUCCCUCCUACAUGCUCCACAAGCCGGUUUGGGACACGUAACUGUUAAGGACUGCCUGCUCGACGCUGUUUCUCCCAGUCAUGUCCAGGUCCAGUCGGCGGUACAAGCCUCUGCAGCAGAGCAACGGCUCUCUCCCCGGCUGUGACCGGGUGUGGAUGCCCCGGGCCCGGGUACUGCUGCUCUGCCUCUUCGGGGUUCUGGUGCUGGCGGUGGUGCUGGGAGUCUACCUGUCAAACGACACCACCGAUGGACAUGUGAACCGCAUGCCAACCGCAGAUCUGGCCAAAGACAGGUUGUCCCACAAACCCAGUAAGUGCUCUCCGGCUCAGAUCCGCCGUCUGGCCUCUCAGGUGGAUGGUACUCGCCUGUGGGAGACCCACCUGAGGCCCAUCCUAAUAGAGAGGCUCCCAGGGACACAAGGCAGCCUGGCUGUACAGCAGCACAUCACCUCGACUCUGUCCUCGCUGUCUGCUGGCUGGGCCGUAGACUUGGACUCAUUCCAGUCUUCGACCCCUCGUGGCCAGAUCACGUUCACCAACAUCGUUGCCACUUUGGAUCCUUCGGCCCCUCGCAGGCUGCUCCUGGCCUGCCACUACGACUCCAAGGCUCUGCCUCCAGACCCCCGGGCCCCAGAGAAGGUUUUUCUGGGGGCCAGUGACUCAGCAGUGCCCUGUGCUAUGAUCCUGGAGCUUGUCACCUCUCUGGAUGCCCAGCUUCUAUCAUUCAAACAGCAGAAACUUCCAGUGUCUCUCCAGCUGGUGUUUUUUGAUGGGGAGGAGUCAUUUGAAGAGUGGACCGCCACAGACUCACUGUACGGCUCCCGUCACAUGGCUGAGCGCAUGGCCAACACGCCUCACCCUGCAGGCUCCACACACACCACCGUGCUUCAGGCUGUGGACCUCUUUGUGCUGCUAGACCUGCUCGGUGGUCCUGAUCCACUAAUUGCAAAUCACUUUGAUAACACGGCACGGUGGUUUGACCGCCUGAUCGCUGCAGAGAAGAGACUCCAUCGGCAGGGUCUUUUGACGUCUCACCCCUCAGAGCAGACGUAUUUUAGGAAGGAUGUGUACCUCGGACCUGUGCAGGACGACCACAUCCCCUUUCUUCACAAAGGUGUCCCUGUGCUACAUGUCAUCGCCACUCCCUUCCCACAGUUCUGGCACACACUGGACGACACAGAGGAGAACAUGCACCGCCCCACUGUGGUGAACCUGACCAAGAUCAUGGCUGUGUUUCUGGCAGAAUAUCUGGGCUUCUGAACACAAACACUGACAAGUAUUUAUGGUCAAGGUGCUGACUUUUUACCCAGUACUGGAGUACUAGUGCUAUUUGUGUUUGUCACACUGAUGACAAAUAAUUGCAAAAUGACCAGCAUUAAUUGGACCCAAAUGCACAAGAGAAGAACCUGAAAUGAACUAAACGGUUCUGUUAUCAGUGUACUGGAAUACCAGCUAACCCUUUACCAAAGACUUGGCUCUGCUGGACUAACCAGACUACUUGCUUUCAUGUGAGGGAUGAGCUGGAGACGCCAGUCCUAAUGUCUGGGCAUGGGAUGUGGCUACAAAGAGUCUUAAUUCAAAUGUUAAUAGUUCUUGGAUCAUGGUACCAGAGGAACGGUUGAGAAAGUUUGUGAAUUUAAAGGCACUCUAAAUUAUUCUUCAUUCCUGUGAAAAAAGAAACCAUAGCCGUAACAUUUAUUUCCCCCGUUAAUAUGAUUUUGAUGCACUAAUGUCUUCUUAAAGAUCUCUUGGAGCUUCUGUGAACACUGGGUCCUAUCUGUGAAUAAUUAUUUGCCUUUACUUGAUUGAGGAUCCUCUUGGCCUUACAACCUGUAUGACCAAUAUGGCUAUACUGCACAUUUUGUGUCAGUUUAAUGAUGUUAUUAGAGUGAAAUCCAACAAAUGUUAUUUUACACCAUGUGAAAGGUGUAGUGAAAAGUCAGCAAUAAAGUAAAAAUGGUUUUAUUCCGUU